ACCAUAGAUAAACCCUAAUUCUUGCGCUUCCGCCUGUAGCUAAGCAAGGGAUCGGUGGUUGCAGGUUGAGACCAGUUUUUUGUUCGAUUCGUGGAAUUCAAUUGAAUUCAGGAAUACCAUCGAACGAAUUUAUUUACGGACAUGGGGAAGAAAUCAAGCGCUGAAGGUGGCAAGAAGAAGAAGAGUAAGAGCAAAAUUAGAAGUAAGUUGAGCACUCUGAAUGCGGAGUCGCGGAAAACCAAAGUUUCCAAGGAAAAUCCUUUUGAGAGCAUAUGGUCGCGGAGGAAAUUCGAUGUCUUGGGCAAGAAACGCAAGGAUGAAGAGCGACGCCGGGUUGGGCGCUCUCGCUCACUCGCCGUUCUCAAGAGGCAAAAUACUCUGCUGAAGGAAUAUCAACAGAGCACAAAGUCUUCUGUAUUUCUGGAUAAGAGAAUUGGCGAGCAGAGUGAAGGACUUGGGGAGUUUGACAAGGCAAUCAUGAGGUCUCAGCGUGAACGGCAGUUGAAAUUGAAGAAGAAAAGCAAGUUCAAUCUGUCUGAUGGAGAAGAUGACUUUGAGUUUCCAGACAAUGGUUAUCCUGUGAGGGAUGAUUUUGAAGAUGAAGAAACAUUGGAUGAGGAUGAGGAUGGCGAGUUUUCUGUCGCUGGGAAAAAUAUUAACUUACAGCAACUAAAUUACAAUGAAGCACAAGAUGGUGAAAAGUCAGGUUCAGAAGGAGUUGAACGUAGGCCUAAGAGCAAGAAAGAAGUAAUGGAGGAUAUUAUUUCAAAAAGUAAGUUCUUCAAGGCUCAAAAAGCUAAUGAGAAGGAAGAAAAUGAAAAACUUGUUGAACAGCUCGAUAAGGAUUUCAUGUCCUUAGUUCAGUCUGAGGCCCUCCUUUCACUGACACAACCAGAUAAAAUGAAAGCUAUUAAAGCUCUGGUUAAUCCCGGCAUGCCAAAUACUGUAGAAGUGGAAGCACACAGUGCUCAGAACAAUGUGUCUCUUCCACAGGAAAAAUAUGAUCAAUAUGAUAAACUAGUUAGUGAAAUGGCACUUGAUAUGAGGGCUCGACCAUCAGACAGGACAAAAACACCUGAGGAGUUGGCUCAGGAGGAGAAAGAUCACCUAGAACACAUGGAGGAGGAACGCCUAAAAAGGAUGCAUGCAGCUGAUGAUUCCAGCGAUGAAGAUGGCAAUACUUCUGAAGAUGAUGAGAAGCAGAUUACACAUAUUUCUGGGGACGAUCUGGGUGACUCCUUCUCUCAUGUUGACAAGUCAACAUCUAAAGUUGGCUGGAUUGAGGAGAUCCUGAGAAGAGAAAAUACUAAUAAUCUUGAGGGUGAAGAUACUGAGAGUUCCGGUGAAUCAGAGGUUGAUGGUGAAGAUGAGGGUGGUGAUGAUGAUGAUGACAAGGAAGAUGAGGAGCAUGACGAAUUUGAUGAGGAAAAUGUUGAAGAUAAGGUGCCCCACUCUCUCAGGGACUGGGAACAAAGUGAUGACGAUUAUAGUGAAAUUAAUUUGAAGGAGGAAGAAGAUGCUGGUGAGGCAAGUGAUGAUACUGAUAAGCACGUGGGAGUACCAGACCUGAAAAAUAUGCAACAGAGUAAAAAGAAACAAAAAGAUGGUGCUGAUUGCAAAGUGAAGACUAAGGUUAAAAAAGAUUUGGAUAGGAAAGGAGAGCUUCCCUACACAAUCGAAGCGCCAAAAGAUUUUAAAGGGCUUACUGAUAGGUUUGACAAUCUUUCGGAUGAUCAAAUUGUGGAGGCAAUAAGGCGAAUUCGAACAUUCAAUGCAGUCUCCAUAGCUGCAGAGAAUCGAAGAAAGAUGCAAGUGUUCUAUGGUUUGCUACUGCAAUAUUUUGCUGUUUUGGCAAACAAAAAGCCGUUAAAAUUCAAGUUGCUCAAUAUGCUUACCAAGCCACUAAUAGAAAUGAGUGCUGAAACACCGUACUUCGCAGCCCUUUGUGCUCGCCAGCGGUUGUUUAGUACCCACAAACAGUUUUGUCUGUGUAUUAAAGAUACAGGUAAAACUUGCUGGCCUUCUGUGAAGACUCUGUUUCUCUUGCGAUUGUGGUCCUUGAUCUUCCCUUGCUCUGAUUUCCGUCAUGCUGUCACGACUCCUGCAAUCUUGUUAAUGUCUGAAUACAUCAUGCGGUGUCCUGCGACUUCUGGCCGAGACAUUGCGAUCGGUUCCUUCUUGUGUUCUAUGUUGCUUUGUGUCUGCAGACAAUCCAAGAAGUAUUGUCCUGAGGCUAUUUCUUUCAUAGUUGCAGUUCUUUUGGCAGCUCAAUCUGACAAACAAAAACUUGAAGCCUCACAGUUAUAUCAUCUUAUGGAACUAAAAGCACUGCAUCCAUUGCUCCAUUUUCAAGGGCAAGUUAAAGAGAUUAAAACAUUAGACUUUCUAACAUUGAUGAAUUCCCCAGAUGAUUCUCCUUACUUUACCUCCGACGAUUUCAGGGCAAGCAUACUUCUUGCAAUUAUCAAGAACCUAAAAGGAUUUGUCAACAUUUAUGAGGAACUCAAAUCCUUCCCGGAGAUAUUUUUGCCGGUUUCGAAAAUAUUACAGGAGCUAGCCAAAGAAGAUCAUAUGCCUGAUGCUUUAAAGAAUGAAAUUGAAGAUGCUGUUGAAUAUAUUGAGAAUAAAUCUAAGGAGCACCACUUCCUGCGACAGCCACUACGAAUUCGAAAGCCAAAGGUUAUUAAAACAGCAGUUCCUAAGUUCGAGGAUAACUUUGUUAAGGGAAGAGAUUAUGAUCCAGACCGCGAACGAGCAGAGAGGAAAAAAUUAAAGAAACAUUUAAAACAGGAGGCUAAGGGUGCAGUACGUGAAUUACGAAAAGAUAAUUACUUCUUGUCAGAGGUGAAGGAAAAGGAUAAGGCACGAAUGGAGGAAGAACGAGCCGAGCAGUAUGGAAGGCAUAAAGCAUUCCUCCAAGAGCAGGAGCACGCUUAUAAAUCCGGACAGUUAGGAAAAGGCAAGAAGAGAAAGAAGUGAUAUUGCUUCGGACAUAUUUAUGGGUGGUGGUGGUGUGGAUUCAUCAUAUGUUCAUGCGUCGGAGAAAAAUGAAACUGAGUUGACCAAGAAACCUGUCUCUAACAGGAUUCAAUCCUGUUUUAUUGAUUUGUAUUGUAAGAUGCUAAAAUUUGUUGCAAUUAUAUUAUUCUUUCUGUGCCA